AUGCAACCUCUGAAGAUAAAACUUACAGUGAGACUUGAUCCUUCCAUCCACGCGACGAAGCCACGCAAUCGGACAACCACGCACCGUAGUUCACCACUGAUCACUGAAAAUCUAAUGGAUCCAGACCUCCAACUCCGCCCAAUCAUAUUCGGCUGCAACAUCCAGCUAGCUGAUUUCCUGAGACUCGCAAAUGGUGUUUUCCAUAGGCAGAUGGAGUUUGCCAUAGGUAGACGGUGUUUGCCAUCCCUUAGAAGUGCAAUAUCAUUUUAUGAAGAAGGCAAUGGUGUUCGCCAUUUCCCUAAGGGCAUUCGACAUUGCUUCGCAGGAAACAGCAUUUACAUUAGAAGUAGUUUUCAAACAAUUAUUUGA